AUGCUAUUACUGUUGCUCUUAUUGUUACGAUUAGCACUGCUGUUGGUGUACAUUAUGAUUUUUGCUAUUAUUAUUCCUAAUGCUGCCACAGUCGCCGUUGCUGUUGCUGUUGCUGUUGCUAUCACUUUUGCAGUGACACAUCACAUAUUGUCAGCGAUUCAUUACCGGUUAGCAGUUAUGAAAUUGACGACAACGACAAAUGAUGUCCACAUUUGCAGAUGCCCUCACUCGUUCAUGACAUCACUUCCUAAGGCCAGCAUUGUCAUUUGCUAUUUCAACGAAUCACCGUCGGUGCUCAUUCGUAUGAUAAAUUCGAUUGUCGAUCGAACACCACUGGAAUUAAUACAAGAGAUCCUUUUGGUCGAUGAUGGCAGUGAAUGGCCUGAAGCAUCACUACAGGCGGCUGAUUAUCAACGAAAACAUCCACAAUGGAAUAUGGUAAAGUUCUUACACACUCCAUCGAAUCUGGGACUUAUCCGAGCAAAGGUUUUCGGAGCACGUAAAGCUCGUGGUGAAGUGUUGGUAUUCCUUGACAGUCACUGCGAAGUGAAUCAAAACUGGUUACAACCGCUUCUUGAACGAAUAAGGGAAAAACCAAACAGGGUAGUCUGUCCAAUCAUCGACGUUAUCGAUUUGGAUACGAUGAAGUACGUCGAAUCACCAGUGUGCAAAGGUGGCCUCAACUGGGGUCUCACAUUCAAGUGGGAUUAUCCACUACAUACAUACUUCAUCGAUCCGUUGAAUUACAUACGUCCGCUGAAAUCAGCUACGAUGGCUGGAGGCUUGUUUGCCAUCGAUAGGACAUACUUCUUCAAGAUUGGCGCCUAUGACGAAGGGAUGGAUGUUUGGGGAGCUGAGAAUGUGGAAAUAUCGUUCCGAAUUUGGUUGUGUGGCGGUGAACUCGAGAUCAUUCCAUGUAGUCGAGUUGGCCAUAUCUUCAGGAAAAAGCGUCCAUAUGGAUUGGAGUCCGACUCCAUUAGCAAGAACUCACUAAGGGCGGCUCGAGUAUGGCUCGACGAAUAUCUUCCAGAAUUCUUCAAAUCUCGUCCUUAUUUGGAGUCGAACACCGACUACGGAGAUAUUUCUGAUCGGUUGAAGCUGAAGGAGAACUUGCAUUGUAAACCAUUCAGAUGGUACCUCGAAAACGUCUAUCCGGAACUUCUACCGAACAACAUUCCAAUGAGUUCGGAUAUUAUCCAAAAACCAUUCAUAAAUGGAAAAAACUCUUCUCAAAGCCAUUAUUUCAUAAUUAUUCGAAAAAUUCAGAUCCGAUUGGCCAACACUAGUUUUUGCCUUACUGCCGAGGAGUCACCAAUGGGUCUUAUAGCAAAAGGAAGUCGGGUCGAAAUGAGGAUUUGUCAUGCCAAACGAAACCAACAAUGGCGAUGGAACGAUAAUAACGAAUUUCGACCGAUGGGCUCUUCCCGUCUUUGUCUGGACUCAUUGAAAGGACUCACACUGCUGAAGUGUCAUAAUCAAGGCGCUCAUCAGGAUUGGAAGAUUACGGUACGAGUAUUUAUCGUUAGCAAUCUGAUGCAUUGA